CCAGGUUCCAAUAAAUGUGCUACAGGCUGCAGCUCGUAACUCAUGAACACACCCUGCACAUUCUUUACUGAAACAGCAGAGACGCAGCACAGAAUCACUGCAGAAAUGGCAGGAAAGGAAGCAUUAUCUGUUGGUGAUGGACAGUUAGCACAGAGUGGGCUUGUGGCCCCCCCCGCAGGCUCCCCUGCAGGCUCCCACAGUGCACUGCAGGAGGGGCGGGGCUUCUCUCCUCUGGACUCCAGCAGUGACCGGGUCCAGCCCUUCCCUCGCUCUCCUAAACUGCAAAAGAAGAUUGCCAACUUUGGACAACCCUCUAAAGUGAACCUGAGCAUGGAUCAGCUGUCCAGACGUGUGGAGGAGCUGCAGGCAGAGAGGACCAGGACUGAAGCGCACAUCCAGUCUCUAAAGAAACGCAAGGCAGAUCUUUCUAAGAGCACAGAGGUUAUGAAACAACGCGUUCAGGAGCACUUCGAGAACAUGCACUGUGUCCUGAAGCAGGACGAGCAAGCAGUGCAGGACUCUCUAGAGCUGGACCUGAGACAGGCCCGGACCAGACUGGACCAGGUUCUGAAGACCUGGCAGCUCCACCAGGACCAGGUCACUAAGAGCAUCAGCAGCAUGCAGAGAGCUCUUAACAACAGUCCCCUGGCAGACAAAGACGAUAAGGGUCAGCCAGAGAAUCUGAGUCCUAAGAAACCGGAUGUCACCGAGAAGGAAAUCCGCCUGAAUGAAGAGAGAUUUAAAAGGCUCCUCAAAACGUUAUCGUCCAUCUCCAAACAACUUAAAGCUCAGCUGCAGAGGAAGACGCUGCUGUUAGAUUCCUCCCCCAUGGUGAUUGACAGGCAGACUUGCCAUAGCCAGAUCACAGUGACCUCAGAGGGGCGGGGCCUGUCCUUCUCCGGCUCCGCCUGCUCGGGACCAGCUCACCCCCUCCAGUUUGAUAAGGUGUGCUGUGCUCUGGGCUCAGCUCCAGUCACAGCCGGGCAGAGGUACUGGGAGGUGGACGUGCGUUGCUGCUCUGCCUGGGCUCUGGGCACGGCCUACGCCAGCAUGGAGAGGAAGGGCCGGGAUAAGGGCAGCAAACUGGGCCGGAACAGGAACUCCUGGUGCUUGGAGCUCCGCAACGGCAAUCUGUCUGCGUGGCACAACGACCGGCAUGUGGCGUGCAAAGGCGUCGGGCAAAUGCCGCUGGGAAAGGUGGGGAUAUGGCUGAACUAUGACAAGGGUCAGCUGCUUUUCUACGACGCAGACACCAUGGCGGUCCUACAAAGGUUCUCAGCAGCGGUGACACCAGUUUUCGACCGCGCUCACCACCAGUUCACCCAGCCUGUGUACCUUGCCGUGCGCUUCCUGAGACCCCCAGAGAACCAGAUGUGGCCCAAUCACCUGGAGCUCUGUCCCCUCAGCACUGCAUGAUGCUGCAGUGUCACACCAGACAGUGAUCUGGGCUACAUCUGGAUGUUUUGCUAAUGAUGAUGUGUGCAGUCUUUUAUGUCGAAUUUAUUCAUAGGUUUAUAUGAGAGCAGCUGUACAGUAAAAUACAUCAUGAUAACAGAUGAGACAGCUAACCUGAAGUCAAUGUCCAGAAGCAGACUCUUCAUUGGCUCAUGUUUUCCCUCCAGGUUCCGCAGCGUGAUCAGCUCCUGAAGUCUGGAAAAACAUUAAUCAUUAUUGACUUAAAAUAAAUCGAGAGAAAUGUUUAAAAGGUCAUUCAUUGCUUAUUUUCAGCGUAAAUGCAAGAAAGUUGGAAGCCUUGAACAGUUCCAUGCAUUGCUACAUGUAUCAUCAUCAGCACAAAUCACCUGCAUUCCAGUUCAUAUGCAUUUGGUAUUUUAAGUUCUUUGUAAUAAAGGUAUCUUUGACCACUAGGCCAAAAUGACGUGCUUGUUUUUUAA